UUUCUUGUAGUGUCUGCAUCAAGUCUGGAAGCAAGGACUCAAUUUUAACAGAAUCCACCUUAAAUCUCUGCAUUAACUUAUGCCCAACUUGCGCCAUACCAAGUAAGAAUACCAGAGGAGAAAAAAAUCGAAGCAACUGAGUAAUUCGGGUCUUAAUAGGACAAUAUCUGUUCGCUGAGGAGAGAGACAACAACACAGCGAGAGAACCCAUUUGGACUUGAGAGAGGGGGCGAGUGCUCUCAAGGCAGAACAUUUGAUGAUGACCAUGACUACGAUGGCUAACGGUCUGGAGGCUCAGGACUCGUCCAAGUCGGCUUUCAUGGAGUUUGGUCAGCAGUCCCACUCACAACAGAGCUCUCCGUCGAUGGCUGCCAGCCACUACCCGCUGCACUGUCUCCAUUCCGGGUCGCACCCAGCUCACCAUCAGCACGAUAACUCUCCGUACUCCGGCAACAAUUCUUACAACAGGUCGCUACCGUACUCCUACGUGAGCCACCCCCACCACAGCCCGUACCUGCCGUCCUACCACAAUAACACCACUGGCGGUCAGACAAGAGCAGCAGAAAACAACAGUGAUUGAAAACGGAGAAAUUCGUUUCAACGGGAAAGGCAAGAAGAUUCGCAAACCUCGGACGAUUUAUU